UUAUUGAGAAACUUUUUAACAGGAAAGAUGAUGAUCAGAGGACCUUCUGCAAGAGCCUUUCUGCCGAACCGAGCUUUCUGUUCACAAUUUUACACAAGUGACAACUAUAAUCCAAAGUUCAAGGAUGAUAUAAGGAAGAAGAAUCAGAUUAGAAGUGAUAGGGAGUACACUUUUUGUAUUAUAGGAUCUGGCCCAGCAGGAUUUUAUACAGCAAAAAGCUUGCUCAAGUCUGAAAAUGGAAGUAUUAAGGUCGAUAUUUUGGACUCAUCUCCUCAUCCUUAUGGACUGGUUAGGAAUGGAGUCGCCCCAGAUCACCAGAGUAUGAAGAAAAUUCAAUAUGAUUAUGAUGAAGUGUUUAAGAAUAAAAAUUGCCAAUUUUACGGAAAUGUUACUGUCGGUGAGGAUAUCCAAAUUUUAGAUCUUUUAAGAAAUUAUUCAGGAGUCAUUCUUGCUUAUGGAGCUGGUGCCGAGAGGGAUAUCGGCAUCGAGGGGGAGCACCACCUAACUUCUGCUACUGACAUCAUUAACUGGUACAACGGCAAGCUCGAUUACUUCCAAGAAUUUCAGGAUAGUAUCAACUUUGAUAUGAAAGAUCUUAGAGAUAUCAGUGUAAUCGGGAAUGGAAAUGUUGCUACUGAUCUCGCAAGGAUCUUUUUAAAAACUAAAGAGGAACUUAAGGACUCUGAUAUGCCAAGUCCUGUAAUGGACAUACUUAAAGAGCCGGAAAUUAAUUCAGUUAGCCUUGUUGCAAGAAGAGGAAUAUACCAAUCCGCAUUUACCACUAAAGAGGUGAGAGAACUAAGCAAACUACCCCAGAUCAAAAUGUACCUUUUUAAAGAAGAAUUGGAAAAAUCUAGAAAUGAAGCUUCUCUCUUGGAAGCAACUCCUGGAUCAUCCAUCUAUGCGAGGGCUAUCAAUAGAAGGACUACCUUUUUGGAGAAAACAUGCAUUCAUUUGGAGAACAAUGAUCAUUAUGAAGAAGUGCUGAAUGACUCUUCUCACAAGAAAUUGUUCUUGAGAUACUUUAUGUCUCCUUCUAAAGUUUUAGACCAAAAUUCUAUAGAAUUUAAUAUAACAGAGCUUGAAGGAGAGGCUGAAAAGCAGAGAUGUGUUGUAAAAUCCCCUGAAGAGAGAGUAACCUUGAAAUCAGAUCUGUGGCUCAAAUCAGUUGGUUAUAAAACAAUUCCGAUGCCUGGAGUUCCUUAUGAUGCUGAUACUUUUACCGUUCCAAAUGAGAUGGGAUGCGUUCUUUCAGAUAAUGGUGAAAUCAUUAAAGGACUUUAUGUCUGUGGAUGGGCUAAAAGAGGUCCAGUAGGUAUCAUUGAUGCUACUCUACGAGACUCUUUUGAAACAUACAGAGUGAUCAAGAACCAUAUCGAUCAAGAUCUAUUAGAUUCAAGAAUUGAUUCGACUAAGAAAACCCUCUACAACCUCGAAAAAUCAUUUGUGACUUACAGAGACUGGGCAAAAGUGAUGUACUACGAAGAUGAAAGAGGCAAGAAAAUUGGAAAGCCAAGAGAAAAGUACCUUUGGACUGAAGAUUACGAAAAUAUUAUCGGAAAAGCUCUGUAA